GGACUAUCAGUUGUUCAUUGUCUGAUCUUUAGAAUUUGAUUCAAUCCUCAUUCAAACAACAUGCUUAGUCAACUGUUUUUGUUAGCGACUGCUGCGGCAGUAGUCUCAGCGGUUGAUGUACCCGUUACUGCUGGUGCAAAUUCCCUAUCCGCUGCCAUCGACCAGGCAGCCGACGGUGAUGUACUCGUACUAGCAGCAGGUACAUAUCAGGAAGCUGCAGCUAUACAAAUCAGCAAAGCUGUGACCAUCAGAUCUGCCGACCCCAAUAAUAUGGCAGUAAUUCAAGCUUCCACUCCAGUCUUAUUUUCCAUCAAUAACCUAGCUGAGUUCGCUCUGGAAGAUAUUCUGAUUGAGGACAGUGCUGGAACACAAUGUGGCCUAGAAGAGCCCAUUGCACUUACGGCUGAGUUUGAGUAUGUUCUAUUUCCCCCAGUCACAUACAACACCGCCGGUACGAUGAAGAUGGGUAUCACUGAAGGUGCACUAAAUGUCGUAGGUUCAAUCGGUAAUCUAUUCAAUACACGAGUACUGAAAGAUAUUAUGUUUGACGACUGUGAUUACGAAGGUGGCAAGCUUAUUGCUCCAUUCGUGGACAUCCUAUCUAACUGCAGAGCAGAUCUAGGCUUCUCUGUUCUUAUGUCCAACUUCGCGGUAUGUGGCGUAGUAGAGACUGACUACCCUACAAUGAGUACAUAUGAGUCUGAUCUCAAGAUCUGGUCUGAUGAGUUCGUGACCAUGAUUGACGAUGAUAGCGCGCUGCGAGUCCCUGUCAAUCGUACCGGUACAGCCAUGACUCACUUGAAGAUUGAGAUCGAUCGAGUUGCCAACGUCGCUGCCACCAUCGAGCCCAAGUGGCCAUACGCCGAUCUUGAAGCCGCAAUCACAUCUGUAGAUAUAAUGUCUAUCAGCGAAAACCAAUCUACUAUUGUCUUGCAAGUCAAUGUGCCAUCUCCUUACACUGUUAUGUCCGGUGCCACCGGUGAGGUUCUAUUUAACCAGACGGAUGAUGGAGAGUUGAGCACAGGAGCUUGGAGAGUGACCGAGGCCUGUUCCGAUAUCGAUGCGGGCGAACUUUGUGUACAGUCAAUUACAUUCGAUAUCACCGCGUGCGAUUUGUCUGGUCUUUACUACAUCUUCGGUUUGCAGUUCGGCUGCAUCGAGAACGACAGCAACGGACAAUCCCUGGAGUGCCCUCAAAUCUUGGGUGACGCUGAUCUGUACUUUGCCAUCGAUUCCAAUGACCUUUGCGACGACAUGUUCCAGCUCGAGGCUCUCUUCACACCCACUAUCACCCUUCGUCCUGACACCGCGCCUGCCGAUGGUUACGUUGGUAACCGUCCCAACGAUAUCUUCUCACUCGGCGACAUGUCGUACUGGACCAUUCACUUAUGGACUAACGAGUCUGGUGUAGGAUUCGACUACGCUGAAAUCAUCAAGAUUGUGCGCACAUCUCCGAACGUCGACUGCACCGGCUACAAAUGGUUCGGCGACGACAUCGAUGUCACAUCCGCCAACCUCGAUCAGACUUUCGUAGGCUACGGACCUCUGCAAUUCCCAGCAGCCGAUAUCAACUUCCCUAUGUUGGUGACCGUGGAUAUGGCCUGCGCCUCAUCGGAUCGCGAAGGUUCAAGCCUGGAGUUCAACUUCACCGUGCUCGGUGAUUACAUGGAUAACUCUGGCCGUCGUCGUCGUCGUGAGGUCGGAGGACAGAACUUCCUGGACCUGACCCAGAACGAUUUGGACCGCCGAGAGUCGGGAGAGGCCAAUGUGGAGGCGCCGGCUGGUGUUAUCUACAACGCGAAGGACUUCCCCAAGCUGUCCAAUACCGGCACGGGCGCUGGAGCUUCCAGCAGCAACGAAGAAGAGGAGGGCAGUGGGGCGCUUUUGGCUGCACUUCUAUCCAUGUUGCUACUGUGCUGCUGCUGCUGCUGCUGUGCCGUUGUGGGUGUGGUUAUGUACCGCAGGAAGCAGAAGAACAAGAAGGAGGAGCAGAGCUUUGCACAUGUUAACUCGCACAGUGUUAUGUCGGUCGGUGGAACUCAAAGCACUACGUCAAUGGGCCCAGCCAGGGAUGGCAAUCAGAGUACCAUGAGUGUGGGCAUGUAGAUCGAGACACUUGCUAUAUAAUAGACAUUAGGUGAGCAACCCAUCUUAGAAAUGUUUCACAAACACUUGCCAGAGAAGGCAAGUGUGUAUAUAAAAUAAAAUAUAUGACAAAUUAGAAA